AUGGAUUUUGGUGCACCCCCCGCCAAGAAACCAAAGCAAGACCUACACAACGAGAAACAAGAGGUACCAAAACCAUCCAAAUUUGAGAAAACUAAAGAAAACCUAAAUAAUAGUCCUGAUGUAACCGAAAAACAUAAUUUUGAACCUAACAGUAAAAGUCAAAAGUAUAUUUCAAACAGCUGUGUUACAAAAAAUAAACCUGAUAUUAAGGUAAAAAAAAAUAUUGAACCCUCAAAUAGUAAAGAUAUUCCAAUUCAGUGUAAUAAUUAUGUAAAUGAAAAUGAAUUCAAAUGUAAGAUCUGUAAUUAUAAAGGCAUAAAUAAUAGCGAUUUGGAAAGACAUAGCUUAAGACACAAAAAUAUUAGUAUAAAAAAGCCUAAAAAAUGUGAUGUUAGUCCGAGUCGUUUUAGUCAAAAGAGUGAUUUAAUUAAACACAUUCGUACACACACUGGUGAGAAACCUUAUAAAUGUAAUAUUUGUCCGUGCAGUUUUAAUCAAAAGAGUCCUUUAAUAAGACACAUUCGUACACACACUGGUGAGAAACCUUAUAAAUGUGAUAUUUGUCCUAGUAGUUUUAGUGUAAAGAGUCAUUUAAUAACACACAUUCGUACACACACUGGUGAGAAACCGUAUAAAUGUGACAUUUGUCCGAGUAGUUUUAGUCAAAAGGGUCCUUUAAUAACACACAUUCGUACACACACUGGUGAGAAACCUUAUAAAUGUGAUAUUUGUCCUAGUAGUUUUAGUGUAAAGAGUCAUUUAAUAACACACAUUCGUACACACACUGGUGAGAAACCUUAUAAAUGUGAUAUUUGUCCAAGUAGUUUUAGUGUAAAGAGUCAUUUAAUAACACACAUUCGUACACACACUGGUGAGAAACCUUAUAAAUGUGAUAUUUGUCCAAGUAGUUUUAGACACAAGAUUACUUUAAUAACACACAUUCGUACACACACUGGUGAGAAACCUUAUAAAUGUGAUAUUUGUCCGAGUAGUUUUAUUCAAAAGGCUGGCUUAGUUUAUCACAUUCGUACACACACUGGUGAGAAACCUUAUAAAUGUGAUAUUUGUCCGAAUAGUUUUAUUCAAAAGGCUGGCUUAGUUUAUCACAUUCGUACACACACUGGUGAGAAACCUUAUAAAUGUGAUAUUUGUCCGAGUAGUUUUAGUGUAAAGAGUCAUUUAAUAAGACACAUUCGUACACACACUGGUGAGAAACCUUAUAAAUGUAAUAUUUGUCCUAGUAGUUUUAGUGAGAAGGGUACUUUGAAAGCACACAUUCGUACACACACUGGUGAGAAACCUUACAAAUGUGAUAUUUGUCCGCGUAGUUUCAGUCAAAACGCAAAUUUAAGAUCACACAUUCGUACACACACUGGUGAGAAAUCUUUAAAAAGUGAUAUACAGAAAAGUGUCAGACAUCGAAAUAGUUAAAAAACACUUAGACGUAAAUUCGGAUCAUAAGUCGAAUGCUGCUGCACAAUUUUUGAUGUGAGUAAUUUUUCGUGGCAAUCUAGGUAAAUUGUAAUUGAAAUGUUUAUCCGGGUGAAAAGAGUUGUUAUUUUCUUUUUUUUAAAGUGUUAUGAAUUAUUUUUUUAAGUAGGUAUAGUUUAUACUAUUCAAUUCUAUUAAGGUUUUUUGUAAUUUUACGAUUACAAUAAUAGGUACCAAUAUGUGUUGUAUUUUUAGCGAUGUGGUCCGAUUAGUUAGGUAAUUUUAUAAGAACUUCGUUUUUUUAUUGUGCUUAUGUGAUUUUGUUUUUAUUUGUAGACUUGCUUAUAAAUAUUUGUAAUUGUUCUUUCGUUUGUCAAAUUCACGAAACUUCUGUGGUUAAGAGCGCUUUCACACCAGCGGAUUUUCCGCGCGGCCACGCUCAUUAGGUAAGAAAUAUCGAGCGUUAAAAUAUGCAUGGAAUUGCACAAUGUUACUGUUGUAGGUACUGGGGAUCUCCUCAA